AUGCUAAAUAUGUUCGCGCCUGACAGUGUUGCAGCCGCUCACCACCGGGCUUUACUCAUCGAGCAGCAACAACACGGACGUCCAACUCCGCCAACCGGUUUUCAACCUCGCACUUACCUGCCAGUGUCCUCACUGGCUGCUCCAACGCGUUCAACGGCGUCGGGUGGGCCGUCGUUCGGCCGUAACAGCGCACCAGGGACGUCCGGGUUGCCGGCCGCGGGUGGGUCGUCACAUGCGGAUGUCGGGUUUGGUCAGUCACAGGCAAAUGACGGGUCGCGAUUGGGUGGUGGGCCGCGUUGCUUUUCUUGCAGCGAGACGGGCCAUCGGCAGUCGGCCUCUCCACAACGGAGUGGGUCACGUGCCUUGGUGACGGAUUUUGAUUUCGAGGGUUUCGAUGGAGUUGUGCAUGAGGGCCCGCUAGUUUUUUACGAAGAGCCCGAGCUAUUUGAGGAGCAUUUGAUAGGGGAUUGGGCGAAGGUGUGUCGUUUCAUUAUCGACACCGGUUCUUGUGAAAAUGUGGUUGCUCAGGAUGUCGUCGAUCGUCUAAAGUUAUCAAUCGAACCGCAUCCUCACCCGUACACUUUGGCAAGGAUCCAGCGUGGCAGCUCCAUUACUGUGGAUCGACGGGUAUUGGUGCAUUUCUCGAUUGGCCCUAAAUUUCGGGACACGGCAUGGUGUGACGUUGUCCCUAUAGAUGCGUGUCAUCUCUUGUUGGGUCGUCCUUGGCAGUUUGACCGUUACAGCUUUUUAUUUGAGGGCAUUCGACUGGUACUUCAUCCUUCACCCCCUCGCCCUUUAUCUAUUGACAAUUCUUUGUCGGUUCUUUUUCUCUCUAGUGCAACUUUUGUGGGCGAAAUGCAGACGGCCCCGUUUGUCCUUUUACUACUGGGGACUGACAUUGGGUCUGAUGGUUCACCACCUCCCAUUAUUCAGCCUUUACUUGAUGAGUUUUCUGAUGUCUUCCUGGAGGAGCUCCCUUCGGGCCUUCCACCACUUCGGGACAUACAACAUCAGAUCGAUUUAGUGCCGGGUGCUUCUCUGCCAAACCGUCCACAUUGUCGUAUGAGCUCGGCAGAACAUGAGGAGUUGCGUCGUCAGGUGGAGGAACUCUUGCAACGUGGUGUUGUUCGUCGUAGCUUGAGCCCGUGUGCUGUUCCAGCCUUGCUCAUUCCGAAGAAGGACAACUCGUGGCGUAUGUGUGUUGAUAGUCGUGCCAUUGACAAAACCACGGUUCGUUAUCGGUUCCACAUUCCCCGCCUUGACGAUCUGUUGAACCAGCUACAUGGUGUUGUGGUCUUUACCAAAUUUUACGAGCUGAGUGCUUUUAUGCGGCGCCCCAGAAGUGUUCUUUUGUCGUCGAUUUGGUUUUUUUCUUGGGCUUCGUUGUUUCGUCUGGCAGCAUUCGCGUUGAUGAGGGCAAGGUGGCGGCUAUUCGCGAGCUGUCUUCACGGCAAGACAUUCGUAAGGACUCCUCAGGCGGUAGAAGCGUUUGCCCUUAUCAAGGGCAAGCUUACGACCGCUCCGGUUUUGGCUCUUCCCGAUUUUUCUAUCCCGUUCGAGCUUUUGUGUGAUGCUUCUAAGGUUGGCAUUGGUGCAGUUCUUAGUCAGAAUGGACGGCCCGUCGCCUUCUUCAGCGAGAAGUUAUCUGGUCCUCGCUUGAGGUACAGCACUUAUGAUGUUGAGUUCUAUGUUGUUUAUCGUGCUGUUCGAUAUUGGCGUCACUAUCUCUUUCAGCGUGAGUUCAUCCUUUUUACCGACCACAAGGCUUUGCACCAUCUUUCUUCUCAGGACAACAUUUUUGCCCACCAUGCGACGUGGACCUCUUAUUUGCAGCAAUUUACCUUCGUGCUGAAGCAUCGCUCGGGUGCUUCUGACCGCGUGGCGGAUGCUUUGAGCCGUCGUUCUUUGUUUCUCACUGACAUACGAGUGUCGGUUGUAGGCUUUGACUUAACGAGAUCUGUAUGCUUCUGA